AUGGUUGCUCGAUCUGUCGCUCUUCGCUCUCUCAGGGCCUCUGCUCGAGUCGUCCCACGUCUCGCUGUCCCCUCGGCUGCCCCCACCGUCACCCGAGCAUUCGCCUCUUCCGCCUACAUCAUGGAGCAGGGCAAGUUCCGAUCCGAGAAGGACACCUUCGGUCCUCUUCAGGUCCCCGCCGACCGAUACUGGGGUGCCCAGACCCAGCGAUCCCUCCAGAACUUUGACAUUGGUGGACCUCAAGAGCGCAUGCCCGAGCCCCUCAUCGAGGCUUUCGGAGUCCUCAAGAAGGCUGCUGCCACCGUCAACAAGUCGUUCGGUCUCGACCCCAAGGUCUCCGACGCCAUCUGCCAGGCUGCCGACGAGGUCAUCGCCGGCAAGCUCCACAGCCAUUUCCCUCUCGUCGUCUUCCAGACCGGUUCGGGCACCCAGACCAACAUGAACGUCAAUGAGGUCAUCAGCAACCGUGCCAUCGAGAUCCUCGGCGGUGAGCUGGGCAGCAAGAAGCCCGUUCACCCCAACGACCACGUCAACAUGAGCCAGUCGUCCAACGACACCUUCCCCACCGCCAUGCACGUCGCUUCCGUCACCCAGAUUACCAAGUCGCUCAUCCCGGCGCUCGAGGAGCUUCGCGCUGCUCUCGACAAGAAGCGUGCCGAGUUUGACGACAUUAUCAAGAUCGGCCGCACCCACUUGCAGGACGCUACGCCGCUGACGCUCGGUCAGGAGUUCUCGGGCUACGUCAAGCAGGUCGAGAACGGCAUCGAGCGCGUGAAGGCUGUCAUCCCGCGUCUGUCGCAGCUCGCCCAGGGCGGUACAGCCGUCGGCACCGGUCUCAACACCUACAUCGGUUUCGACAAGAAGGUUGCUGCCGAAAUCUCCAACAUCACGGGCCUGGCUUUCGAGACGGCGGAGAACAAGUUCGAAGCGCUCGCGGCGCACGAUGCGAUUGUCGAGGCGAGCGGCGCGCUCAACACGAUCGCCGUGUCGUUCAUGAAGAUCGCUAACGACAUCCGCUACCUCGGUUCGGGACCUCGUUGUGGUCUCGGCGAGCUGAGCCUGCCGGAGAACGAGCCGGGAUCGAGCAUCAUGCCCGGCAAGGUGAACCCGACGCAGUGCGAGGCGCUCACCAUGGUCGCCGCUCAGGUCAUGGGCAACAACACCACCAUCAGCGUCGCAGGCUCCUACGGCCAGUUUGAACUCAACGUCUUCAAACCCGUUCUCGUCAAGAAUCUCCUCCAGAGCAUCCGGCUGCUCGCUGACGGCGCAAGGAGCUUCACCAAGAACUGCGUCGUCGGCAUCGAGGCUAACAGAGACACGAUUAACAAGAUCCUCAAUGAGAGUCUGAUGCUGGCUACGAUCCUCAACAGCCAUUUGGGUUACGAUAAUGUUGCGGCGGCCGCCAAGAAGGCGCACAAGGAGGGAACCAAGUUGGUGGAUGCGACUGUGGCGCUCGGGUUGAUGACCGAGGAGGAGUUCAAGAAGAUUGUUAGGCCCGAGUUUAUGUUGGGUCCCACCGAGUACAAGGGCAAGAACUGA